AAUAGCGCCACCUGGAUCUGACAUCUAAAAUCCAUACUUUACGCUAUCUCCGUGCACUGGUCAGCACACAUUUGAGUAUCACGAAAUCAAGAAAUUAAGACAAAAUGAUUGGAAGAACCAGCUUGUUUGCCAGAAAUGCUAUCUCCCAGUUUGUGAGGAAUAGCGGCGGCCACGGGGGUGUACCCGGAGAGAACCUGCCAUUCGCCUUGGGCAACAGAUAUAAGUUAACCGCCAUGUUCAUUGUUUUCUUUGGUUCUGGCUUGGGAGCACCUUUCUUCGUACUCAGGCAUCAGCUGUUGAAGAAGUAGACAAUUAAUUCCUAAAAUAGUGGUAAUAGUGAUUUCAAACAACUUAAAAUGUACAUUUGUCAAGCAAAUAAAUAAAUUAAACUAA